CAAUUCAUCCUGCUAGUGCUAGCCUCCUCUCUUGCGACAAACCACAAAACACACACCAUGUUUCGCAACAAGAAUCGUUUUCUUGCCGACGGUGAGGUGAGCGUGCAGAAGGUGGACAAGAUUGAGCAUGUCUACAACCUGGUUAGAAGACCUGCAGUGUACACCAACCCAGCGGCGGUGACGGUGGUGGCAAAGCUGCUGCCUGCUGAUGUUGCUGUCUCUGACCAGAAGAUGUUCAGGGGUCCGCAGGGGCGGAGGCGCAAGGAGCCGGAUUCUCCGGGCUCUUUCCGCGACAACGGGGCGUCGGAAUUCUCGGAAUCUUCUCGCCGUGGCAUGGCAAGCCAACGCAACGACGUCGCGGACGCCGUUGCCGAAGACCCGGAGCCUCUGGAUUCUCGCCGCGGUGGCAGGGCCGUCGGGAUCGAUGCCGCCGGGGCGAUGGGAAUCGAUGCGCCGCCUGAGCUCAGGAAGGACAGGGGCAAAGCAGGAGGCCGAUUUCCUGCUCUCGUUCACGUCGCCAUCGUGCUCGUCGGCCUGGUGGCCGGGAAGCUCCCGGCCGUGGCGUUCACGAUGUUCUGCUUCAUGUUCGUUAGAUCAGCUCGGAGAUCGCCUCCCGGUGGCCGCGGUCUGGCGAGGCUAUUUCCCGAUCAGGCCUGAUCGGGAAAAUUUGGAGAUGGAUUUAUAUUUCAAUCUGGGAGCUCGAAGUAGAGAGUAAGAGGAACUUUUGUGAAGGAUGUCAAUCUCA